CGCACUCACCGCGCCCCGCGGCCGGAGACCCGAGCCGGCUUGACUCGGGAAGAUGCGAGUGAGCGUCAGGCGCGUUUCCACCUCCCUCGCCCCAGCGAGGAGAGGAGCGUUUGCCUCCUUUUCGCGCCCGCCUCUGCCUCCCUUGGGCUCCGGGUGCCUCCGGAGCCCUUCCGCCGCGACGAGAGCCCGCUCUCCCCAGCGGGAGACGCGGGGCCAGAGACAACUUACUUCAAGCGCUUUGUCGCGGUUGCGGCUGAUUGUUGCCAAUAACUCCGUGUGGGAAAGCGGCUGGGCAAGCCCAGGGAGCAGCCGGAGACGGAGGAGUGGUGGGAGGGUGCGCCGCCCCGUGUAGGAAGCUAAGCGCACCAAGCAGAUCCGCCACCCCGCCGCAGGGUCCCCAGGGUCGCUCCCCCGGGCAGCUCGCCGCGGCGUGUCCCUCGCUCCAUGACGGCGAAAAUUUCCAGCGCCCCCAGCGCCCUGUCACUCAUCUACCCGCCCCGUAGGCUCUGUCUUCAAGGAGACAGAGUCAUCCGUGUCUUGGAGGAAAUUACUAUAUAUUUGGGAACUAAAACUCAUAUUGGGUAUUUCGCUUUCACAUACGAUUUGGUAGAAAGAACACAUUUAGGCAAAACAUCAGCACCGCUCUUUAAGUUUAGAUGGUUCUCUAAUUCACAGUAAGCAGUAGUGAGCUUUUUGGAAAACCACUGGACCGAGACCUAAGAUCCCUGGGUUCUGUUUCCAAUUUUAUAGAUUCUUGAACUCAAGCAAGUCAGCACUUCCCCUGGUUGAGGAAUGUCCUCAUCUAUAAAGUGAAACUGAUUUCAAAGGUCUUGUCCAGCUCUCAUGUUGGCUUCUAUUUCAAAGAAAUAUUAACCUAAUUAAUAAAUGCUUGUUAAGUGAAUGACUGAAUACACCACAUCUCUCUAGGAACUAUGUAUAUUUAAUAUUUGGAAUUAUGAAAUGAAAUCAAAGGAAGCUUAGACGUGUUCACUGCACAUCACUUGGCUUGCCCCUAAUGAUGCAAUUGCCGUGGAGAGUGGGAGGCCAGCCGGGGGGCCGCCCCCUCGCGGACAGCCCCUCUCCGGUUGCCCUUUGGCACAGAGAAGGAAAAUGUGAGGGCCCAGAAGGAAAGGAUGUUGCCCAGAGUGAAGCAAGGAUUACUGCGUGGGGAGGGGCUCUCCAUGUCUGGCGCAGGGCUCUUCCCCAAAGGAAAAGGGGGGGGGGGAGAAAGCCCAAGAAAAAUUGCGGAGGAGGCAGCCGGAGCCACAGGUUGCUUCGGUACCUAAGUUUAUAAGUGAUCAGAGCCCUCCUUGAGGAGGAAAGAACUUGUAUGGGCGGGAACAAUCCCAGGACCUGAACUUUGCGCGGAUAGAGGGAAGAAGCAGGAGGGCUUUCGGUUCUCAGGAGGCUCGUUUUGCCUUUAAGCUUGCCUCCCUUCCACACUUGGCCUGGCCAUGGGACCCUGUGUUGACUGCAGCAGGCUGGGGCCGAAGUGGCGGGGAAAGCAAGCUAAAGUGUGUGACGGGACCGGCGGCGAGUCCAUGGGUCCCUUCCUUCUCCCAUUCUCUUUCAUUCUCUUCUGGGGCUGGCUCAACUCCCCGGUUCCCACCGGAGGCAGCCCCUGGCCCUUCUGGGCCACAGCACGUUCACAUCUUGCAAAUGGACUCCAACUGGGAGACUCCUGGGUCCAGGAGAAAGGAGAUACUGAAGGCAAAACCCCAACCCCUGGCCAUUAAAAAUCCUUAGAAAGGUUAUCUGAAUCCAGUUGAAUGUCCGAGCCGUGAGGGCACAUAGAGGCCACCCCCUUGUGCCAAGGGGGAUGGGAAGAUCCAGAAACAGGUGACACACCUGGCAACAGAGCUAGCUCAAAGCUAGGUCUCCUGAGUCUCGGCCAGGACUCCUUUCAUCCGCCCUGCCCUCUCUUUCUCAGGAGCCAGUCUUCCCCAUCCAGCUUCUGUCCCCUAGCUCCCCUGGCCUUGCCGCCUGCAGAGCUUAGGCUCCCUUCUGCACGGGCCCCAGCUCCCAGCUGAAGCUCAGCUUGGCAGUGCCUUUCCGACACCCACUCCUCUUCUCCUUCCUUCAGGCAAAAAGCACACGUUUCAACCUCAUUAGCUGGCUAAGUAUAAACCUCAGGGGGAGAAGGGCUGUGUUGUUGUUUAUCUCGGUCUAUAAGCUAAUGUCGAGCUGGUUUUCCGAAUCCAGGCAAAUAUCUGACCAGUCAACACCCAGAAAGUAAUUCUAAUUCUCUCAGCACGGAAACAAAGCUCUGUAUGUAAACCAUGAAUCCCCUAGGAGAACUCCUCGCCCUCCUACACACAGACACACUGGUGCACACACACCCCGCUCUCCGCACCAACAGCAUCUGAGCUAGGAAGCUGACGGGAGGGCCCUGGUCCUGUAGCAAAGAGGCACCCCCCGCCCCGAGACACACACACACACACACACACACACACACAUACACACACACACGCCCCUUACUGGGGAGGUCGGGACCCCAGCUCGGGGAUCUGGAACGAGCCUCCCCGCUGGGAUGGCCCGGAGGGAGGGGCAGGUGGAAGAAACCACUCGGAGGGGUCAGAGGAGUCCCGGCGGUGGCCGCCCCUUAGCCAGACCCCUCCUGCAGAGCCCUUCUCCAGGAGCUUCGCCAGCCACUCGCCGCCCGCCGGGCUGGAGGUGGAGGAGUUCAGAAUCCACUGACGCAGCCGGGAUUUGAGCUUUGCAAAGCCACUCGCAGGGAAGGGAAGCAUCUGCCCCUCCCUCCCCCACUGCGCGCCCUCGAUCCCCCAGCCUGCCCCCUCCCCCCGUGACGUCACCCUAGCCCUGUCCCGGGGAACCUGCAAAGCCUCUCAAAUUCAAACUGCCGGGCGCACCGCCGCCGCUGCCACGGGAUUGGAAGUGCGCGCCCGGGCUCGGCCGUCGCCGCCGCCCGCCGACCGGGCCGGCCAGCUUCGCGAUCUCGCCAAGCAGUCGCGCCCCUGGGUCCCCGUCGGCUCAGCUUCCCGCCGCUCCGACCCUCCUCUUCCUCUCCCACCGCCUGCCGGCUUUCUAAUUCGUGCGCACCCCCCAGCAAAAUUAAAUCAACCCAGGGAGAGCAGGGCAGCCCUCCGGAAGCGGCGGCGUCUUUUACCUUGCUCUCCCUCUCUUUCUGAAGAUGCCAAACUACUGGCGGACCGCAGAGGAGAGGGGUCCCGUCUUCUCCUGAUGUUUAAAAAAAAAAAGUAAAGCAAUUUCUGCUGCGAGCCCAGGAGGGGCGAGCCGCCCGAGAUCUCUUCAAGAUACCCCAGGGGAGGAGGAGGAGGAGGAGGAGGAGAUGGGCUGGAUUUAGUAGGACAACUCGGUUACUAAUGACUCCGCGGCUGGCGGCGACCCGCCGGGAAAUCAGGUUUGCCUGUAGGUACCUGAGCUGACACCGACGGUGCCUAAAGAUGCUGAGCGGCGUUUGGUUCCUCAGUGUGUUCACCGUGGCCGGGAUCUUACAGACGGAGAGUCGCAAAACUGCCAAAGACAUUUGCAAGAUCCGCUGCCUGUGCGAAGAGAAGGAGAACGUACUGAACAUUAACUGCGAAAACAAAGGAUUUACAACCGUCAGCCUGCUCCAGCCCCCCCAGUAUCGAAUCUAUCAGCUCUUCCUCAAUGGAAACCUCCUGACCAGACUGUACCCCAACGAGUUUGUCAAUUACUCCAACGCGGUGACUCUGCACCUGGGCAACAACGGGCUGCAGGAGAUCCGAACCGGGGCCUUCAGCGGCCUGAAAACCCUCAAGAGACUGCACCUCAACAACAACAAGCUCGAGGUGCUGAGGGAGGACACCUUCCUGGGCCUGGAGAGCCUCGAGUACCUGCAGGCCGACUACAACUACAUCAGCGCCAUCGAGGCGGGGGCUUUCAGCAAGCUGAACAAGCUCAAAGUGCUCAUCCUGAAUGACAACCUUCUGCUGUCGCUGCCCAGCAAUGUGUUCCGCUUCGUCCUGCUGACCCACUUAGACCUGAGAGGGAAUCGGCUGAAAGUGAUGCCUUUCGCCGGCGUCCUUGAACAUAUCGGAGGGAUCAUGGAGAUUCAGCUGGAGGAAAACCCGUGGAAUUGCACUUGCGACUUGCUUCCUCUCAAGGCUUGGCUGGACACCAUAACCGUUUUUGUGGGGGAGAUUGUCUGCGAAACUCCCUUCAGACUGCACGGGAAAGAUGUCACCCAACUGACCAGGCAAGACCUCUGUCCCAGAAAGAGCAGCAGCGGCAGCGGCGGCGACUCGGGUCAGAGGGGCAGCCACGCGGACACCCACGUCCAAAGGCAGUCCCCCACCCUGAACCCUGCCCUCAACCCAACCAGGGCGCCGAAAGCCAGCCGGCCCCCCAAAAUGAGAAACCGGCCGACCCCCCGGGUCACCGUGUCGAAGGACAGGCAGAGCUUUGGACCCAUCAUGGUGUACCAGACCAAGUCCCCGGUACCCCUCACCUGCCCCAGCAGCUGUGUCUGCACCUCCCAGAGCUCAGACAACGGCCUCAACGUCAACUGCCAAGAAAGGAAGUUCACAAACAUCUCCGACCUACAGCCCAAACCCACCAGUCCAAAGAAACUCUACCUAACAGGGAACUAUCUUCAAACUGUCUAUAAGAACGACCUCUUAGAAUACAGUUCUUUGGAUCUGUUGCACUUAGGAAACAAUAGGAUUGCGGUCAUUCAGGAAGGUGCCUUCACGAACCUGACCAGUUUACGCAGACUUUAUCUGAAUGGCAAUUACCUUGAAGUGCUGUAUCCAGCUAUGUUUGAUGGACUGCAGAGCUUGCAGUAUCUCUAUUUAGAGUAUAAUGUCAUUAAGGAAAUCAAGCCGCUGACCUUUGAUGCUUUGAUUAACCUACAGCUACUGUUUCUGAAUAACAACCUGCUGCGGUCCUUACCUGAUAACAUAUUUGGGGGCACGGCCCUCACCAGGCUCAAUCUGAGAAACAACCAUUUUUCUCACCUGCCUGUGAAAGGGGUUCUGGAUCAGCUUCCGGCUUUUAUCCAGAUAGAUCUGCAAGAGAACCCGUGGGACUGCACCUGCGACAUUAUGGGGCUAAAGGACUGGACAGAACAUGCCAGUUCCCCUGUCAUCAUCAAUGAGGUGACCUGUGAGUCUCCCGCCAAGCAUGCAGGGGAGAUACUGAAGUUUCUGGGGAGGGAGGCUAUUUGCCCUGACAGCCCAAACUUGUCAGACGGGACCAUUUUGUCCAUGAAUCACAACACAGACACACCUCGCUCGCUGAGCGUGUCUCCCAGUUCCUAUCCUGAACUGCACACUGAAGUUCCGCUCUCCGUCCUGAUUUUGGGAUUGCUGGUGGUCUUUAUCUUAUCCGUCUGUUUUGGGGCUGGCUUAUUCGUCUUUGUCCUGAAACGCCGAAAGGGGGUGCCCAGUGUUCCCAGGAGUGCCAACAACUUAGACGUAAGUUCCUUCCAAUUGCAGUAUGGGUCUUAUAACACUGAGACUCAGGACAAAGCAGACGGCCACGUCUAUAACUACAUCCCACCACCUGUGGGUCAGAUGUGCCAGAACCCCAUCUACAUGCAGAAGGAAGGAGACCCUGUGGCCUAUUACCGAAACCUGCAAGAAUUCAGCUACAGCAACCUGGAGGAGAAGAAAGAAGAGCCAGCCACGCUUGCUUACACGAUAAGUGCCACCGAGUUGCUAGAAAAGCAGGCCACCCCAAGAGAGCCCGAGCUGCUGUAUCAGAAUAUCGCUGAGCGGGUCAAGGAACUUCCCAGUGCUGGACUGGUCCACUAUAACUUUUGUACCUUACCUAAAAGGCAGUUCGCCCCUUCAUAUGAAUCUCGACGCCAAAACCAAGACAGAAUCAAUAAAACCGUUUUAUAUGGAACUCCCAGGAAAUGCUUUGUGGGGCAGUCCAAACCAGACCACCCUUUACUGCAAGCUAAGCCGCAAUCAGAACCAGACUACCUCGAAGUUCUGGAAAAACAAACUGCAAUCAGUCAGCUGUGAAGGGAAAUCAUUUACAACCCUCUGGCAUCAAAGGAUGCUGCUCCAAACUGUUGGAAGCACUGCAUUUGCUUUUGUGUUUGUUUGUGUUCUCCCUUUCCCAGCCUCAACGGGGACUUUGAAAAUGCCUGGGGGGAUGGAGGGAAGCAAUGAUACUGCUUUUUCAAGUUUUCCUUUAAAUUAUUUCUCUCUUGCUCCCCCCCCACCCCCACCUUUCCCCCCCUUCUCUCCUUAGGAGUCACCAUUGAACAUGAAUGUUUCUACAAUGCAUUUUUUCAUAUAUUUUGUUUAUGGUUUUGUUUCUCUUUUUUUUUCUUCUUUUGUUUUUCCAGUGGGGGAAUGGGAAGAGGAGAUUAUAGUGAAUGAAGAAAGAGUAAGGAAACUUUUCAAAUGAAAAAUGGAUAUUUAGUGUAUUUUGUAGAAGAUCUCCAAAGAUCUUUUGAGACUAUAAAUUCUUUUGUAAAUAAUGAUAUAUGGUAUUUCCGUCUUCAGUUACCAAGUAUAGCCACUAGGCAUCACUUCUUCGUGUUAAAGUGCCUUUGCACUUUAAGUACAUUACUUAAAUGUUGCUUUUAGCUUUGAUAAAUUGAACAUAUUUUAAUGUGUUGUAUUUUUGAAAUUAAAAACACUGUAAAAUAGAUUGAAAUGUCAGCUAUAUUAAGUCAGAGUACAGUUUGCUUGAGUUAUAGAAGCCAACCUGUCAUCAGUGAUUCUAGUUCUAGGAUUUUCUAGAUUUAACUGUAAAAUAUUUCCUUUCCUUUGGGUUUGUUCUAAGUGAUUUUAUUUAAGUCAACUAAGGGGAUUUAACAGUGGACUAGAGGUAAUAAACUGCCUCAGUUGGGAUUAGUAAUUCAUUAAUAAAAUAUAUUUAACCCAA